CUUACUCUACAAUUCAAUGAUUAAGUGGUACCUUGCUAGGCUUCUCAAAUUUAUGUCUGCAUAGCUCUUGGUCACGUACACAUAGACACAAGUACCCGAGAUCUCACCUUGGCGGACUCAGACCAUUACCCAUUGGGCAGGAAAAUCCCGUCAUCUCCGUGCCUAAUAUCUUCAACUUUGAUGAACUACCAGUCAUUAUCUUGAAAGCUAGCGAUCCAAGCAACAAUGUCGAAGCGUUCCGCACCAAGUGAGGGUGAAGUAGGUGGGCUCUUAAAACGUGUCCUGGCGCCAACUGGAUCGAAUCGACCAAGUCGUCCUAGCACACCAUCACAGGUCUGGAAGCAUGCGGCAAUGAAACUGCAGCCGGUUCUCAAGGCCAUGGUAGCCUUUGCCGCGAAUAGAGAGUUUGAGAAACGGCCAUCCAAGUACCGGCUGCAAGUUGCCGAGAAGCAGCAUGGCGCCAUCACGCUUACGCCCCUCUUCGUUGGCGUUUCCGCCGCCUUCACCGAUGACGAACCGAACGUUGCUGUCGUCGCCAUCGCCGUCCAUGACAGCGUUUACCUUCACGACUUCACCGUGCACAACGUCCCCUUACCGACCCCACGCGACAGCACUGAUCCCAUCGCCGAUUUCGUUGUCGAAUCCCUACGCAAAUACCAGAAGAAAUCCCUAUGCAAGUACAUCGGCGGUGGCCUGCCCGUAGAUCUCGAGCGCGUCAGCCCGUCGCUGUGCUCAAGGCUGUGGUCGGAGCUGGAUCUAGUGCCACUUUCGCUGUGGCCCGAUCAGGAGGGCUCAGAGAAAGAUAUGGAGGGUUUUACGUUUUGGAAGGAUAGGGGCGUUGAUGAGCAGGCAGAUUCGAUGGCGAGGAAGUCGAUUACGGCCUUCGGUCCGAAUCUCUCGCCCCUGCUUCAAGUUGGGUAUCGCGGGAUUGUGCAGAUUGAUGCAGGAUUCCGCGCCCAUAUGCAUAUGCUUGAGGACUAUCAGAAGACGUGCCAGGCGGUUACUUGGGACGCGAUGUUGCAUUAUGCGGCAAAACUAAAGGAGAAAAAGACGAAAAUCGCAUUCUUCAGUAGUACACCGCAAGGCGGCGGCGUGGCGCUGAUGAGACACGCACUUGUGCGCUUUGCGCGAACGGUCGACGUUGAUCUACGGUGGUACGUUCCGAAACCGAAACCGGGCGUCUUCCGUGUCACGAAGACUAUCCAUAAUAUCCUCCAAGGAGUCGCGGAACCUGGUGUCCGGAUUUCAGAAGAAGAGAAAGCUUCGGUGGACGGCUGGAUCACCGAACAUGCCGAGAGGUACUGGCUCUGCAAAAAUGGGCCGCUGCGGCCGCCCUCGGAAGGCGGCGCUGAUAUUAUCAUUAUCGAUGACCCACAAAUGCCCAGCUUAAUUCCCCUCAUCAAGCUUCUCACCCCUGACCGGCCAGUUCUAUACAGAAGCCAUAUCCAGAUUCGCAGCGACCUUUGCGACACGCCCGGGACGCCUCAGCAGGAUAUCUGGGACCAUUUGUGGUCUAAAAUUACGCAGGCAGAUAUGUUCAUAAGCCACCCCGUACCGGAAUUUAUUCCGCAGAGUGUGCCCGCUGAGAAGGUUGCGUAUCUUCCCGCUACUACUGACUGGUUGGACGGGCUUAACAAGCCAUUGGCGGAUUGGGAUACACAGUAUUAUAUGCACCUGUAUAAUCAAAGGGCACACGGUAUCCGGAUGACCGAAUUAGGCUUUCCGGAUCGUCAAUACUUUGUGCAAAUAGCACGCUUCGACCCAUCCAAAGGCAUCCCGGUCGUCUUAAAGGCUUAUGUAGAGUUCCGCGCCCUUCUCGCCAAAAAAGUUGGCGAGAAAUCAGUCAAGAAUGCCCCUCAACUUGUCAUCGUCGGCAACGGCUCCAUCGACGACCCCGACGGCACUCUCGUCCACGACCAGACCAUGUCUUACAUUGAAGCGCACUGUCCGCACCUCGCAAGCUCCAUCUCAGUCCAACGCCUCGAGCCAUAUGACCAGCUCCUCAAUGCGCUCAUGACCAACGCACACAUUGUCAUGCAGCUCUCCAUCCGCGAAGGCUUCGAGGUGAAAGUCUCCGAGGCUCUCAAGAAAGGGCGGCCGGUGAUUGUAAGUCGGGUAGGUGGUAUCCAACUCCAGGUCCAGCACGAGCGCAACGGGUUCCUCGUCGAGCCUGGGGACUGGAAGGACGCGGCAGGGUGCCUAUUGAGGUUGUGGACUGAUCACGAGUUGCAUGAUCGGAUGAGUGAGGUGGCAGCGCGGACCGUGAGCGACGAGGUUGGGACAGGAUAG